AUGGGCGACAGGAUCUGGCUGUCCUUCCCCGUGCUCCUUCUGGCCGCUCUGCCUCCGGAGCUGCUGCCUGUGGCGACUGGUUUCACACCUUCCCUCGACAGCGACUUCACCUUUACCCUUCCCGCCGGCCAGAAAGAGUGUUUCUACCAGCCCAUGCCCCUGAAGGCCUCGCUGGAGAUCGAGUACCAAGUUUUAGAUGGAGCAGGAUUAGAUGUUGAUUUCUAUCUUGCCUCUCCAGAAGGCAAAACUUUAGUUUUUGAACAAAGAAAAUCAGAUGGCGUUCACACUGUAGAGACUGAAGUUGGUGAUUACAUGUUCUGCUUUGACAAUACAUUCAGCACCAUUUCUGAGAAGGUGAUUUUCUUUGAAUUAAUUCUGGAUAAUAUGGGAGAACAAGUACAAGAACAAGAAGAUUGGAAGAAAUAUAUUACUGGCACAGAUAUGUUGGAUAUGAAACUGGAAGAUAUCCUGGAAUCCAUCAACAGCAUCAAGUCCAGACUCAGCAAAAGUGGUCACAUACAAACUCUGCUUAGAGCAUUUGAAGCUCGUGAUCGAAACAUACAAGAAAGCAACUUUGAUAGAGUCAAUUUCUGGUCUGUUGUUAAUUUAGUGGUCAUGGUGGUGGUGUCAGCCAUUCAAGUUUAUAUGCUGAAGAGUCUAUUUGAAGAUAAGAGGAAAAGUAGAACUUAAAAGUCCAAACUAGAAUACUUAACAUUGAAAAAUGAGGCAGAAAAAUGCAAAACUGUUACAGUCAAGAUCAUUAAUGGUCUUCUCCAAAAUAUUUUGAGAUAUCCUAAGUGUGAAACAGGUAUAAUUUUAAUGUGAAAGUUAAGACUUCACUUUCUGUGCAAGUAAUCCUGUUGAUCCAGUUUACUUCAGUGUAUAACAGGAACAUUUGGCAGAAUAUAAAGCCAUAUUAAUAACUGCAUUUUCCUAACGUUGAAAAAUUUUGCAAAUGUCUUAGGUGAUUUAAAUAAAUGAGUAUUGGGCCCAAUUGCAACACCAGUCUGUUUUUAACAGGUUCUCUUACCCAGAACUUUUUUUAUAAAAGUGGCAGUUACAAAUUAACUGUGGCAAUUUUAAGUUACAAAUCAUCUGAGAAUUACCUAAUUAUGGACUGAAUAAAUCUUUAGACUACAAAAGCCCAACUUUUCUCUAUUUACAUAUGUAUCUCUCCUAUAAUGUAAAUAGAAUGGCUUUGAAAUACAAUUAGGUUUUUGUUAUUUUUAUAACCAAAUAUAUUUCAAUGUAACAUCAGCAGAAAGUAUUAGUCUUUGUACUUAGCUUACAUGUCAAAAGCUGACAUUUUGACGAGUCUUAAAAAUGCAAGUGCAGGGUCGGGGGCGGUGGCUCACGCCUGUAAUCCCAGCACUUUGGGAGGCCGAGGCGGGUGAAUCACGAGGUCAAGAGAUUGAGACCAUCCUGGUGAACAUGGUGAAACCCCAUCUCUACUAAAAAUACAAAAAAUUAGCUGGGCAUGGUGGCACGUGCCUGUAAUCCCAGCUACUCGGGAGGCUGAGGCAGGAGAAUUGCUUGAACCCAGAAGGCGGAGGUUGCGGUGAGCCGAGAUCGCGCCAUUGCACUCCGGCCUGGGUAACAAGAGCGAAACUCCGUCUCAAAAAAAAAAAAAAAAAAAAAAAAAUGCAAGUGCAAAGUUACACUUACUAAAAUUAGGAUAUGUUUUCUCUUUGAGAUGAAGGAUAUAGUUUAAAAGCUUCCUCCUCCAUAGGGACACAUUCCAUCUAACCCUUAACAUAGGAUUUUAAAAUUAAAUGUGAGGUAAAAAAAAAAAAAUUAUUUUUAAUAUUAUCUGUCAACAGUUAAUUAUGUUAAUUUUAACAUGAUUGCUGACUUGGAUAAUACAGUAUUACCAGCAGUCGUGAAGGAAAUAUUGCUAAAAUGAUCUGGACCUACCAUAAAUAAAUAUCUCCUUUUCUGAGUUCUAAGAAUUAUCAGAGGGCUGGGCAAGGUGGCUCACACCUGUAAUCCCAGCACUUUGGGAGGCCGAGAGAAGUAGAUCAUGAGGUCAGGAGUUCAAGACCAGCCUGACCAACAUGGUGAAACCCCGUCUCUAUUAAAAAUAUAAAAAUUAGCUGGGCGUGGUGGCACAUGCUUGUAAUCUCAGCUACUCAGGAGGCUGAGGCAGGGAACACUUGAAUCUGGAAGUCAGAGGUUGCAGUGAGCCAAGAUCGUGCCACUGCACUCCAGCUUGGGCGACAGCGUGAGGCUCCAUCUCAGAAAAAAAAAAAAUCAUUAGAAACAAGAAAGAAUUUAGAUAAACUUGAGAAUACCUAAUCCAAAAUAAAAUUCACUUAAGUAGAACUAUAAAUAAAUAUUUAGAAUCUGAUUGGCUCAUCAUGACAUCCUAAUUAUAAUAUAAAUAAAAGGAGAUUAAUUUCCAGUUAACUGGAAGAAACUAUUUGGCUGUGGGUUUUAUAUUCUACAAGAAUUCCGGUUUGAAUUGUUUUUUGUAAGUAUUCAGGUACAUUUUGUGAAAUGUAAUCCCUACUGUAAGGUUUAGCACUGGGUGUAUAUAUUGUUAACAAUUUUUAUUAUAACUUUUAUACAGUGGCCUUUCUGAUCACUUUAUUUAUUGACAUUGAAGUAAUAAUUGGAAACAUAGACUCCCAAGUUUUAAAUACCUAAAUGUGAAUAAUUCAUAUAUACAACAAAGUCUCUGCCAUCUAGCUUAUUGAAGUCUAUGGGGUCUUAAGUACUAGUAAUUUAACUUCACCAUGAAUGAACUAUAAUUUUUAAGCUAUGCCCAUUUAUAACAUUGUUUAUGACUAUAUUGUGAGUUAGAAACAAUCAACUUAAAAUUUGGGGUAUAGAACCCCUCAACAGGUCAGGAAUUUUUGAUAAGCAAUAAUGAUAACCAGAUAGAGUGAUUUUAUUUAUACACAAAGUAAUUCAAAAGGAGAUAGAUUUCCUUCCUUCUUAGGCUGCUGGGAGAAGAGCACCAUAGAUUUCCCUGCUCAGAAGCUUUUGAAAAAUUAGGUAAGUGCCAUAUACGAUCAAUUACCUUAAUUGGCCAAGAAAAUGCUUCAAGUGUCUAGGGGUAGCCUUUGCAACACUUGCAGAACAAGGGUCAAUAAGAUCCUUGCCUAUGAAUAGCCCUCCCUUGCCCUUUCUGUUAAAUUUGUAAUGAGUAGGAAAUUUACAGUACCAUAACUAAUAAAGCAGGUACACAUAUAAACUACUGCAUCUCUUCUAUAAAACUGUGACUAAGAAUUCUACCUCUUAUGUACAGCUGUUACUGUACUAUACUCUCUGACUCCUAACGAAUUUGUUACAUAAUCUUCUACAUAUAUGACUUGUGCCACUGAUCUUAAACCUAUGAUUCAGUAACUCCUUACCAUACAAAAAUAAUAAUAGCUUCAUUUGGAAGAGAAUUUAGAAGUAUGAAGGAUUAUUUUUAUACACAAAGUAUAAAGACUGAGAUAUUUAGGAGGCAUAACCAGAAAAGCAAAAUUUGUAAACAGAGUAAAAAUCUGUAAUAUUCCUAAAGACAUAUCAUUUAUCUGCUUCAUAUGGUUUUUUUAAAUAUCACUAUUCUGUUUCUAAAUUAAAGUUAUGCUAAAUUGAGUAAGCUGCUUAUCACUUAUCGGCUCAUUUUAUCUUUGGUUUUUAAUAUAUAAAUUUUUUAAAUAUUACAAUAUUUAAGGCCCAACCAGUUUCCAUAGUGUAGCAGUUACCAUAUUCGCCUCACACUAAGGCCUAGAGCUUGCUCUGAUUUGCAUUUGGAUGAUGAAUGUUGUGCUGUUCUUUCAUGUGAAUGUCAAGACAUGAAGGUGUUUGUAAUGUUAUGGUAAAAUGAAUCCUUCUUAAACAUAAUGUCUUAACUGAGCAUUUAUAAUUUCAUAUCUCAUCAAAUGAAAAUUCUUUAUCUGAAAUUUUAAAAGAAAUUGAUUCAGCAUUUAAGGAUUUUUGGUCUAAAGUAUAAUAAUGCACAGUGUUGUUCAAACUGCUUUAUACUUGUGAACAGCCAUCCUAAAUAAGCAAUGUAUUGUGAGUACUGAGCUGAAUAUGUAUAAUAAAAAUUAUCGAAGAAAAUUA